AUGGAGUGUCAGAGAUCUUGGUACGAAGCAGUCCCGGCUCGGGAAGGGUUUCCCAGCGUCAUUUGGAGUCUGGCUUUUAGUCCUGAUGGAUCUCGCCUUCUCGUUGCUGUGGGCAGCUGCCUCCUAGUUUACGACCCUGUGAACGGGAAAGUCCUCCAGACUCUCAAAGCGCAUAAGGACACAGUGUACGCUGUUACAUACAACAAAACUGGGAAGCUCUUCGCCUCGGGGGGGGCGGACAAAUCCGUGAUAAUUUGGACUGCCCCGGGUGCAGGAUGGCGCAAGUAUAGCCACAGCGACAGCAUCCAGUGCCUCGCAUUCAAUCCUGUAACUCUCCAGCUCGCGAGCGCAACAGCGGUCGACCUCGGUCUCUGGUCCCCUGAAGUAUGUUCUGUGGGCAAGCAGAAACUGCCAGCUAAAGCUUGCUGUAUGGACUGGACGCCCGACGGCAAUCAUCUAGCCCUCGGCAACUUCUUCCUGGUCGGAGGAUCGAGCGGAUCACUCUCUCUGUGGAGCCACGAAGGCGUUCGUCUCGCGAAAAUCGGCCAGAUUCAGGACUGGGUGUGGGCCUGUGCAGUCCAUCCCAGCUGUUCACAGAUUAUCGCUGGAAGUAAUGCUGGAGAGUUGCACAUGUACAACAUCUCCUUCCCGAUUGUUCACGCCUUGUACCAAGACCGCUAUGCCCACCGUGACAGACUUACUGACGUCGUCGUUCAGCAUAUGCAGCUGGAACAAAGCGUGCGCUUACGGUGCCGGAGUCUGGUGAAAAAGAUCGCGGUUUUCAGAGCAUCGCUGGCGGUUCUGCUGGCGGGAGAAGUCGUCCUCUACUCCGCAGACCCGACGGACCCAGACGACAUGAGAUACCAUGAAAGCGCCCGUAUCAAGCAAGCUUUCGACUGCUCCCUGAUGCUGGUCACGUCCUCCUAUCUCGUCCGGUGCACGAAAGCGAAGUUGCUGCUCUACUCUCUGACGGGCGCCUUUGAGAGAGAAUGGAACCUGGGAUCGGUGAUCAGAUAUAUAAAAGUCGUCGGCGGGCCUCCUGCAGCGGAGGGCAUCCUCGCGGGACUGAAGAACGGCCAAGUUGUCGAGAUCUUCACCAACAACCCUUUUCCAAUCACCCUCGUGGAGCAGACGCAUUCGAUCGCCUGUCUUGAUCUUUCUUUGCUACGGACCAAGCUGGCCACAGUGGAUUCCACUCAGCGCCUAACCGUCUACGACCUCGCCACCAAGGAGGUGCUCUACACAGAAUCUAACGUCACGUCUGCUGCAUGGAAUCUCGUUAUGGACGAGAUGCUCGCUUACACAGGCAACAACACUCUCUCGAUCAGACACGGAACGCUGGAGCCACGGAGACAACGCCUGCAGGGGUUGGUGGUCGGAUUCCGGGGAUCGAAGAUUUAUUGUCUGAAAUCGCAAUCUAUUCAGACUUGCGAUUUUCCUCAAUCCGCCUCCCUGUACCCGUACAUUGAUAUGAAAAAUUUCGCUGCUGCAUACGAAGUCGCAUGCCUGGGGGUCACUGCCUCCGACUGGCUUUCUCUGGCUCUAUCUGCUUUAGCCAACCUCGAGUUCGUCUUUGCAGCGAAAGCCUUCACGAGACUACGGGACUUCCGAGGCAUCAGACUCGUCCAGCAAGUUCAAAACGCUUCUUCCACAAAGCGCGAGCUGUCGCCAGUUGCGAAGGCACACAAUGCUGCAGGCUUUGUGGCGGCCUACCAAGGCAAAUUUGACGACGCUGCGCUGCACUGGCUGAACGCUGGCCAGGCACAUUUAGCUGUGGAGAUGUUUACUGAUUUGCGAAGGUGGGCAGAUGCAGAAAAGUGGGCAGAAAAGGUCAAAGACAGCGCAGUGGCUCCCGCAUGUAGAGAAGCAAUGCUCAGCCUGCAGAACGCCGACGAGGAACCUCACCGAGGGAACAACGAGACAUGGAAGUCGGCGACGCAAACCCAGACCCCGACCCCCACUCUUAAACGAAGAGAGGAAACGCUACCGCAGGCCGUUUCAGAGGAGGAGAAAGGUGAUCUCCUUUUUGCUGCCAAGGUGUACGCGACCUCAAAACAGUUACGACGAGCCGUGGAGCUGUAUGGGCAAAUCGGCGCCGUAGAUAAAAUCAUCUCCAUCGUACGAGGCGACCUUUCCUCUGACGCGGAGAACAUCCUUCGGGCUGCGUUCGCUAUCUUCAAGAGACACCGGCACUUUGCCUUCGCAAGAGAGGCGUCACAGAAGCUCGGUGACAAGAAGCUGCUAGCGCAUUUGCUCGUUGAGCACUGCCGAUGGGAAGAGGCUUUCUUGCUUGCCAAACAGCAACCCGCGGUGAUGGAAGACGUGUAUAUUCCCUGGGCUGAUCAUCUGGUUCAAUCGGACAGGUUCGAUGAAGCCGCGUUGGCAGGCUCGCUUGCCAGAGCCUUCAUCGACUCCGCAUUCCCAAUCGGAUUCAAGGAGCAAUCGAUUCCCUCACAAUGA